AUGGCACUCCGCUACGGGUCCUUCGCGACCUUCCUGAUAGUAUGCCCAACUAGCUUCUUCCUCGGCAUAAUCUUCUCCCUCUUCCCCUACGACUACCCAAUCCUCUGGUCCACCUCGCCCACCGGCUCAACCGCCUACGACUCCCUUGAAACGCACCUGCGCCUGCUCCACGCCUCGCCGCCUCUGAUCCCGCGUAUCCUCCACAUCGUGAUCUUCUUGGGCCUGGCAGGCCUCAUAAUGAAACUCUGGCGCCCCUCCGAAUCAAACAUGCUCUUUGACGGCGCCUCGCUCGUCCUCUACGCCUGCGGAAUCACAGUGUACGUCGCGAACAUCGUCAAGGGGCUCCGUCUUGCUAGUGGAGGCGUGUACGGCGCGGAAUUGGCGGCUAGCGAGGAGGACGUCGGGCAGAUUCUUGGACGCGAGGAUAGUCUCAAGGUGCUCAGUGCGAGUAAUACGAUUCUUGCGCUGGUUUUGGUUGGUGUUCUUGUGUUGCAGGCGGGGCAGUGGUAUGCGGAGCGCAAGGAUGCGCAGGAGGAUGAGUCGUUUGCGGCGGUGAAGGGGGAGGGGAAAAAGGGGGCUACGGCUGCUGCUAAGAAGAAGGCGAACUAA